AUGGCGAUUAAACCCCUGAAGGAAGAGUCCGACCUCACAGACGAACAGAAGAAGAUCCCGGAGAAGUGGAUCAAGAACCUCGCGACCUGCAACCGAAUGCGCGACGUCGAUGCCUCGGAGAUCAGAGCCAAGAUUUGGGGUCGCGUCUUUGACUAUUGGAACACCAACAAAAAGGUGCCCCAUCCUGGCAAGGCACCCAAGAGACGCAUCGCCGCCAGUACCGUUCACAUCGGAACCCUGACCCAGGAUGCACCGCUCGCGCACAAGCGUAAUCCAAAACGUCCCGAUGUCGUGCCCAAGCAGCGCCGCGCCGGACAGCCCGUCUUCUUGAAGGUCAAGCUUGAGGUGAAGAGUUUAGCGACUUGGCCAGAUAUCUCCUUCAAAUUCUGUGAUGCCAAGGGAUCCGACUUCCCGGGAAACUACCAAAUCAAGUUCGACUGGCUUCCCGACCGCGAACUCGUCCACGCCAAGCAGGAAGUUACCAGCCAGUGGGAUAUCGCCGAGCUCCGACGUGUCGGACGCGCGAACGCGGAUCUCGUGGUAUACUGGACUCUCAAGGCGUUACUGUCCUCCCUCGCUGCUGAGGCUGCAGUGGCCACUGAAGCUGCCGACUUGCUUCGACUCCCGGGUCAGCAGCGAAACGAGAUGGACCACGAGUCCGCUAACGGCUCCGAGCUCACGUACAUCUGGCUCUGCCUCGAUGGCUGGAAGGGGAUACAGGUGGCUUUCUUGGCGUACCAGCAGCAGGGCCCUGUUGUGGGUAGCAUACAAGUGUGUAAGUCGGCGUCUUCAAGGCUUUUUUCAAUGGAUGACUUCGUACUGACUUGA